AAGUAAAAAUUUUGUGCAUUUCUGAAAUUUAUAACCCAUAAAUUCAAAAAAAAAAAAAUACAAAAAAUGAGCGCUUCUGGCAAAAGUUUAUUGGGACUAUGGCUCUAUCGCAGCGGUGAGCAGGAGUGGGCUGUGAAGCAUGGUAGCCCGCUGCAUACACUACGCAAAGAGCAUCGCAGUCUUGAUAAGUCGAAUUCUGAAAGCGGCAGUGAGAAAGGCAGUUUGGAAUUAAGUGAUGCAAAUUCUCAAGCCAUGUCGGGCGAUCGUGUUUCUAUAAUUUUUACGCUGAAAAAUCAAGUUGGCAAUUUGGCCAGAGCAUUGCAAGUUUUUCAGGAGCUGGGCAUUAAUGUCCUACAUUUGGAAUUAUCUCCUUUGGAGAAAGCUAGCAACCAGGGUGCCUCACCAAAAAAAAACAAAAUUGUGGGUUUUUCCAUCUAA